AUGAUGAGGCGGUCGGACAGCAUCGCGGACAUGAUGCCCGAGGCGCUGCGUCAGAGCCGGUACCACAUGAAGCGCUGCUUCCAGCGGUACGUGUCCCAGGGCACCAGGCUCAUGAAGCAGCAGCAUCUCCUGGAGGAGCUCCACGGCGGUGGCGGCUCGGCGGCGGUGGACAACAAGGACAGCAGCAGGCUGGCCGACGAUCACGCCCUCCGACUACCUCAAGCGCAAGGAAAUCCUAUUCGACAACCAUUGGGCGCCCUGGACCUCUCCACGCCUCGCCUCACGCUGCCUUCCUCCAUCGGCAACGGCAUGCACUUGGUCUCCAGAUUCCUGCCCUCCAGGCUCGGCGGCGGCAGCAGGCCUGGCACUGGCACUGCCACGGAGAAGACGUCGUCGAUGAAGAAGCCGCUGCUGGACUACCUGCUGGUGCUCAGGUACCGGCCAGGCGACCAGCAGAAUAAGCUGCUCAUCAUCGACACCGUCGGCAAGCUCCAGGCGGCGCUGCUCCUCGCCCAGGCCUUCGUCUCCGAGCAGCACCCGGACACGCCGUACCAGCAGAUGGCGCACAGGCUCCAGGAGUGGGGGCUGGAGAAAGGAUGGGGCGACACCCCCGAGGCGUGCGGCCAGACGCUCGCCUGCCUCUCCGAGGUGCUCCAGGCGCCGGACCCUGCCAGCAUAGACAGGUUCUUCAGCAGGGUGCCGUCGGUGUUCGACGUCGUCAUCUUCUCCGUCUACGGCUACUUCGGGCAGCAGCAGGUCCUGGGGAUGCCCGACACCGGCGACCAGGUCGUGUACAUCCUGGACCAAACACACACACUGUGGUACCACUCACCAUGCCCAUUGCUGCAACUCACAAGGCUCAUACCAGAAGCAAAGGGCACAAGGCACUCCAGCAUCCUCCGUGUGCCAUUCAAGACCCAGGAUGGCCAGGAUAUGCCCCACUGGGUCUCCCGCUUCGACAUUUACCCUUACCUAGAGAGAUACGCCCAGGAUUCCUGUGCCAAGAUCCUAGAUAUAUUGGGGCGCAAACCAGACCUGGUCAUCGGCAAUUACACUGAUGGCAACUUAGUAGCUUACCUCGUGUCAAGGAAGCUAGGAGUUAGCCAGGGGACGAUCGCGCAUGCUCUCGAGAAGACGAAGUAUGAGGAUUCCGAUGUCAAGUGGAGAGAAAUGGACCACAAGUAUCAUUUCUCGUGCCAGUUUACUGCUGAUAUGAUCGCGAUGAACACCAGCGACUUCAUCAUCGCUAGCACCUACCAAGAAAUAGCCGGAAGAGGCUACCUGGAAAACAGGAGCAAGCCGGUCAUAUUUUCAAUGGCAGGGCUUGACAAGGUGAAGAACAUCACUGGGCUGGUUGAAUGGUAUGGUCAGGACAAGAGGCUCAGGGACCUUGUCAACCUAGUAGUCGUGGGAGGGCUCCUGGACCCCACGCAAUCCAAGGACAGGGAGGAGAUCGAGGAGAUAAACAAGAUGCACAGUUUGAUCAACAAGUACCAGCUCAAGGGGCAGAUCCGCUGGAUAAAAGCCCAGACAGACCGUGUCCGCAAUGGGGAACUUUACCGUUGCAUAGCAGAUACCAGGGGAGCCUUUGUUCAGAAAUGCAACGAAGAUCCCAUGUACUGGAACAGAAUGUCCACCACUGGACUGCAACGCAUCUACGAAUGCUACACCUGGCAGAUAUAUGCAACCAAAGUUCUGAACAUGGGGUCAAUGUAUGGCUUCUGGAGGACUCUGGACAAAGAAGAGAAGCAGGCCAAACAGCAGUACCUACAGAUGUUCUACAACCUUCAUUUCAGGAAGCUGAAGGACGCAGAUAAGGAUUCAGAGAAUUGCGAGCAACUUACUUGGACCUGUGCUGCCAGCCUCUCAUCUCUCGGAUGCUGCUUGAAGUGA